AUAUCUAAUGUAUGUGUUUUAUUAUUACUUUUAUCGAAUAUUUUAAUUAUGCAAAUUAUUCUGCACUGUUAGUUUAUAAUGGAUUUAGGAAUAGCGUAACUAUCCUAAGAUGGCUGAACUUUGUGAGAUAUUAUUGAGAUGAUGGCUAAAAAUAUUGCUAACAACAAGGGAACCCAACUCAUGAAUCCAUUGCAUUCCAAUCAUUAAUUUUUAGGUCUGAUCUAUGUAGGUAAUUUGCUCUGAUCAGAAAAGUUAAUAUUGAAUUGUGAUUAUUUGGAGAUAAGCUGGAUAGUUCAGGUAAUAUUUUUGCCAUUAUAAAUUACACUUAGUCGAUGAAGAAAAUUCCAGUGAUUUUGGAAAGAGCAAUCUUUUUCUUGACUUGUAUAAGAUCUUGCUUAUAUUGUCACUUAAAUACUAAUACUAAGUCAAACCAAGUGUAUUUAGAAGAAUUAUUUUCUAAUUUGUCCACCACUUCCUAAUAAAAUGUCCCAUUAUAGAACAAAUUUCUUCAUACUUUUGAUUAAGAAUAUUAUAUAUCUGAUGUGAGAGUGCUUGUCCAAAAGAGAGGACAACCUCAUUGUUUUUUUUCCUAUGUGAUCCUUCUCACAGUAUACAUUAAAAUGUCAGUUUGUCCAUUUGUGCAGUACAGUUUUAAGUGGAGUGUAAAAACAAUUAUUAGGAUUGUUUUAAACUUCACAAUGUUUUAAGGAGAGGAUGAGAUUUUAUUAGUUGAGUUACUCCAAAUACAUUACUAAAAAAUGUGUGCCCAUCUUUUACUUACAAGUUCUUCCUGUACUUUUAAACAGAACUAUCCGAGACUUUGUAUUAAUAAAUCUUGAACAAAAUACAUUAACCAAAGAAAGAUACUCAGUGUUUUUAUUUUUUUGAUGGACACACUUUUUUGUGAGCUUGAACUUUUUAUGCCAGGCAUAUGCUCGGUGUAUAUAUGUUUUUUCUUUUUUUUUCUAGUUAAAAUUGUUACAUAAUAUAUUGUACUAUUGGUGCCUGACAUGUCUGUUUUUAACAUAACAUGGUCAACAAGAGGCCUAGACUGUUGUUCUAACAAAGCUGCCCCAAAAAAACUUCAACCCUUAUGGAAAACCUGUUGGAAAAGUAAAACUGUCUUAGCUGAAGAUGACUCCUACCCUGAACAAUGAAAAUGUGCUGAAAGUUAAAGCAUUGGCUACACCUGCAUUUUUACCAAGCAACUGAUCUGGUCAGUACAGUGCCAAGUAAGAAUGUCGAGAAGGACCUUCAGAGGUGGGCGAGACGAUGAGGACAACUUGGAAGGUUCAGUGGUUGCAGAUUUGUCAGUGAAAAAAAGAAAAUACAGAGAUGAAAAUGAAUUUUUUGAGACUAUUGAUUUACGCAUGAAGAAGAAAAAAAAUAGUGAAAAUCAGGAAAUAUGUGUCAGUGAUGAUAAUUUACAAUCUUUUAGUAACAGUGAUUGUAAAGACAGAGAAAAGAUACAGUUUGUUAGAUCUCAACCAUUCCGAUCUGCUCGAUUUCGUGAAUCUUAUGAUCAGAAUAACCAGGCUGACCAGGCUCAAAAUGGACAAAAAGUUGAACAGUCAGAUUCUCAGCCAGAAUCUUCUGAUUCAGAGGAUGGAACUUCCUCCAUUACCAAAGUUGAAAGAGCUCAGUGAGGACGAGUUGCAAGAGAAGGAAUUAAAAAUACGUAAACUUCGUGAAGAAUUGAGAAAUGAAGAGAUGAAGCUUAUUUUACUAAAAAAACUAAGGCAGAGUCAGACUGUGAAGGAAAAUAUGUUGUCUUCAUCUCAGCCACUGCCAGGAAAAGUAGCUCCACCUAUAGGUCGAAGUGUGCAAUCAAAUUUUGGGGCUUAUUCUGGAGGACGAGGAUCACAUGCUAUCUUACCAAACAAACAUUUUAGCCAAAACUUACCUCAGCAUUCACCAUUGACAGUUUCUCAAAUGUUAAAGAACAAAAACCUUCAAGGCUCAGCUAUUACAGGGUCUAGAAGUGGAAUACAAUCUACAUUACCUGCAAAUGUAAUGUUGCAACAGUCGCUGAUGCGACCAGGCAUAGGGCCCCUCUCACGGACUCCAGUAACCACACCUCCCAAUGUUGUAAUGGGUUAUAAAUCAAGUGGGCAGCAGUCUUUGGCUCAACCUUCCACGAGUCUCUCUCCACAGUCUGUACAAGGAAGUGAAAGGGUAGAUAACCAAACUCCUGCCCAGCGACAAGCUGUAGCUAAACUGGCUCUUCGUAAACAGUUAGAGAAAACUUUGCUCCAAAUUCCCCCUCCCAAGCCUCCCCCUCCAGAAUUACACUUUAUUCCUAAUGCUAACAAUCAGGAAUUUGUGUGCCUUUUAGGCCUAGAAAAGAUUGUUGAUUUCAUGAUGCAUGAUGGCACCACGACCCGGUCUCCUCCUGAACCAUUCUCCUGUGUUCAGUGUGGGACAGACUUUACUCCUGUCUGGAAGUGGCAGGACACACUUACAGAAUCUGGAAAGAAGAAACCUGCCGUCAUUUGUGAAAUGUGUGUUACCACAAAUAUAAAAAAGGCUUUGAAAGCAGAACAUACUAAUCGUUUGAAAACUGCUUUCGUCAAAGCUCUCCAACAGGAACAAGAAAUAGAACAGAGCAUGUCUCAAGUAAUUUCGAGCCCUCCACCUUCUACCUCACCCCUAAUGCACACUCAGAGUUCUAUUCCGACUACAGUGUUUUCCAACAAUCGUGGUACACCUCCGCCAUCGUCGCACAGUCCCAUUCAGAGAAUGGGUUCCUCCAACUCCAAUGCUGUAGUUGCUGCUGCAGCUGCGAAUUCAGCUGCACUUCUCCAACAAAUGCCCAAGUUAACUCCAACUCAACAGUCCAUUCUGCAGGCCCAAGCACAUCAACUACAUCAGCUUGCUCAGAGUCUGCCUCACCAGCCGCAGCCUGCUCAUAUGCUUCCUUUUAGUCCAUUACUAGCCCAAACUUACCCUUAUUCGAUGCUAGGAAAACCUCCGGUAACCACUUCCGACUUACAGCGACAGUAUCUUCUAGACAUGAUCCCUUCACACACACUUCCACAGCACUCGAUGAACUGGAAAUCUUAAUGAAAAUUUGGUUGGUUUAUCAUACCAAAAAAUGAAUCUCCUGUUUCUACUUGUAAUUAUUUACUGAGCAUUGAAACUAAAGAUAUGUGUAGUAUUUUUUGUGGAUAAUUUUGUAUCAAGUUUUUUUAUCAUUACAAUUCAUAUUUCAUGGCAGCUAGUACUUUUUAUCAUCACUUAUUGGUAUUUUCACAUUAGUAUAUCUUAAAGUUCUGAAAAAUCUUCAAUGAGGUUACAUUUCCUGAAAAUUAAUUAAAAUGAAAUUGUUUCUUCUUUAAACCUCUCUUACUAGAACUGUAAGUAUGUUUGUUUGUCUGUAUAACUAUUUAGUUACGUGGUGUUAGUUUGAUAGAGCUGGUUAAUUUUUUUUACUUAGGUUUCUUAAAGAGUAAUGCUUAGAUUUAAUUUGUUAACCAGAAUCAAAAAUUAUGAUCGUGGUUUGUUAAUUUCUUACAAAUAUGUAAGAAAUUUCAAAACUGAACACCAAUCUCACCAUCAAAAGUAGGUUUUAUUGACAGAUAGUGAGUGUGACCAAUUUUUGCAGGUUCUAAUAGUCUGUCUUAGAAAAUUUAUAAACCAGGGUUUAUAAAAAAGUCUUUUUAAAAGAAAGUUCUCCAGUUAUUUUUAUGAAAACCUGGUGGCAGACAUUAUAUUUGUGCAAUCCUUCUUGUAACUCAAAAAAUAUCAAACUGUUAUUUUUACAAGUCAAAAACAAAAAAAAACAAACAAAGAAAAUACAGAAUAAUGUAAAUUGGUAUCUAGACAAGUUUCUGAUCCCAAUAUUUCAUAGACCCCUUUGUACAGUAUUAACAUUUUAAAA